AUGGCGAUCACCGACGUCGACAAGGGGACUUUCCUUCAUGGCACGCCAUAUGUACAGGGAAAGGCUUCAGGGAAGCUUAUUGCCAGCAACAUGGAAUUGAGCUUCUGGGGUGGUGUCAGCCCUCGGACCAGCGAAAUUAUUGACCGCCACCAUCCAUUGAGUGGCAAUCAUCUAGAAGGCUCCAUACUGGCCAUUCCAGGUGGACGUGGCUCAUGUACUGGAAGCACAGUCAUGCUCGAGCUUCUUCUUUGUGACAAGGCUCCCAAGGCGCUAGUUUUUGAGCGAAAAGAAGACAUUCUCACGCUCGGAGUAAUCGUUGCUGAAGAGAUCUUUGGAAAGGCCAUACCCGUGGUGACACUCGACCCAAAUGACUUCCGAGAACUAUUAAAAAUCAACGGUCGUCUUGUUUACAUCGCCAAUGGACAAGUCUCAACGAAGCCGCUCCCUGACGUAGCGGUCAAGAUCUCGCCAAAUAUUCACGGGACUGAACCAACGCUUUCGGUGAACGACAUGAAUCUCACAGAAUUGGAUGUGGCUCUUCUCGAAGGCGCCCAUGGGGACGCUUCCCGUGCAGCAAUGAGGAUCGUUCUGAGAUUAGCAAGCAUUCUCGGAGCCACAGAGCUGAUGGACGUCACGCAAGUCCAUGUGGAUGGGUGCGUCUACACUGGACCGGCCUCUCUCGCCUUUGCAGAAAAUCUACGGGAUCGUGGGGGCAAAGUCCGGGUCCCAACGUCACUGAAUUCUAUCUCCGUCGACAAGAAUUUUCGCCGAGUCCAAGGUGUCAGUCAAGAGUUUAGUAUCGCGGCUGAAAAGCUGGCAGAUGCUUAUACUGACAUGGGGGCGCGGCCAACUUUUACCUGCGCACCAUAUCAACUUGAGACUGCACCAAAUCUCGGAGAUCAAGUUGCUUGGGCCGAGUCCAAUGCCGUGGUUUACGCGAAUAGUGUGCUUGGAGCUAGGACUAUGAAAUAUCCCGACUUUCUUGACAUCUCAAUUGCAUUGACUGGUCGCGCACCUAAAGGAGGACCACAUGUUCACAUCAACAGGCUAGCCUCGGUCAUUGUGAGAGCUCCAGAGAUUCAGAAAGCCAAUAUUGAUGAUUCUUUCUAUCCCCUUCUGGGGUAUCAAGUAGGUAAUCUGGCGACAAGUCAGAUCCCGGUGGUGGUAGGGCUGGAGUCUUUCAAUCCGACCCUAGACGACCUGAAAGCCUUCGGGGCGGCUUUUGCCACGGUCUCCAGUGCUCCAAUGUUCCACAUGGUCGGUGUGACACCCGAAGCACCAACCCUAGAGACCAUACUAAGUCAAGGACCGGAUGUACGUUCUGUCGACGUGCAUCUGGAUGAUUUGAUUGAAUGCUGGAACUCUCUUAACAGUGCCACAGACCAACAACCAACUGACCUGGUGUCUCUGGGAAAUCCGCACUUCUCACUGACUGAAAUCACAAAGCUUGCUAGCCUCUGCAGAGGCCGCACUAAGAACCAAGAUAUCGCCAUCAUGGUAACAUGCGGCCGAGUGACUUAUGCUUCGGCUUGUAAGUCUGGCUUGACUGAUGAGCUAGAGGCGUUUGGUGUUCAAUUCAUCACCGAUACCUGUUGGUGCAUGAUCACCGAGCCAACCAUUCCUGAAUCUCAAAAUGCGAUCAUGACUAACUCGGGGAAAUAUGCUCAUUACGGCCCAGGCCUCACUGGGAAGAGUUUUUACUUUGGAAGUCUUGCCAGGUGUGUUGAAGCGGCCUGUGGAAGUGAAUAUAUGGAACGAAGACCGCAGUGGUUUGAGUCUGGGCCGCAAUAUAUCUCAAAGGAGCGAAAGGAUAUUGAGAAAUGA